UUGACCAAGUGAGCAUUGCAUUUUUUCAACUGAGAAUUCGGCAUUCAUGUUUGAUUUCUUAGAGCAGUGAAUUACGUUGGGUGAUUACAAAGGGACUAAUGAUUGAUUGCUCGUCACAGUAUAUUGUUUUAUUUGCCCGUAGACCUGGUUAGCUCCCGUCUCUGUUGAAAUACUUCCGCCUAUUUGUCUGUGAUUUCUGCUAAAUUUCCAUCAUGGCUGCUACCUUUUUGACUGACGAUCCAGCAUAUAAAGAACUCAAGGCAUGCUAUGACCGAGUCGGAAGCAAAUUGAACCUCAAUCAGCUGAUGAAAUCCGAUCCAAAACGGUUUGAAAAAUACAGCCGUACUAUUCCGACUCCAGAUGGAGACUUCCUCCUUGAUUUUUCCAAGAAUCUUGUGGAUGAUGAAGUCUUUGGUUUCCUGCUGAAGCUGGCUAAAGCUCGAGACCUGGAGGGAGCUCGAGAUCGUAUGUUUGGAGGAGAGAAGAUCAACUUUACGGAGGACCGGGCUGUGCUCCAUGUUGCCCUACGUAACCGUUCUAACACUCCUAUCCUGUUCAAUGGCAAGGACGUGAUGACAGAUGUCAAUGAGGUCCUUUGUCGUGUCAGGAAAUUUACUGAGUCUGUUCGUAGCGGCGAGUGGAAAGGAUUCUCAGGCAAGGCAAUCACUGACGCUGUCAACAUCGGUAUCGGAGGAUCAGAUCUCGGUCCAGUGAUGGUGACAGAAGCCCUGAAACCAUUUGGAGGACCACUCAAGGUUCACUUUGUAUCAAACAUCGAUGGAACCCAUCUUGCUGAGGUGUUGAAAAAGGUUAACUCUGAGACAACCAUCUUUAUUAUAGCAUCAAAGACGUUCACCACCCAGGAGACGAUUACCAACGCUACCUCAGCUAAGAACUGGUUCUUGGAGACGGCCAAGGACCCUGCCCAUGUCGCCAAGCACUUCGUCGCCCUCUCCACCAAUGCUGAGAAGGUUUCAGCCUUUGGCAUUGACAAGAACAACAUGUUUGGAUUAUGGAAUUGGGUUAAUGGACGCUAUUCUCUCUGGUCCGCCAUCGGCACCUCUAUCGCCCUCUAUGUCGGCAUGGAUAACUUUGAGAAGCUCCUGGAAGGGGCUCAUUUUGCGGACAAUCAUUUCCGUACCGCUCCCCUGGACAAGAAUCUCCCAGUCAUCAUGGGCAUGCUAGGAGUGUGGUAUUCCAACUUCUUUGGAGCGGAGACUCAUGCCCUACUCCCGUAUGAUCAGUACUUGCAUCGCUUUGCAGCUUACUUCCAGCAAGGCGACAUGGAAUCUAACGGGAAGUAUGUGACCCGUGAUGGUCGCCGUGUAGCCUACUCUACCGGUCCUAUCGUCUGGGGAGAACCAGGAACUAAUGGACAACAUGCCUUCUAUCAACUCAUUCAUCAAGGUACUCGCAUUAUCCCAGCUGAUUUCAUCGCUCCUGUAGAGACUCAUAACCCUGUCCAGGGAGGGUUACAUCAUGAGAUCCUAAUGGCUAACUUCUUAGCCCAGACUGAGGCUCUGAUGACAGGCAAAACUAAAGAGGAAGCAGAGAAAGAGCUGGUGGCUUCUGGGAUGUCCGCUGAAAAUAUUAAACUCAUUCUGCCCCACAAGGUAUUUGAAGGCAACCGUCCAACCAACUCCAUCAUGUUCCAGAAACUAACACCGUUCACACUCGGCGUACUGCUUGCUACGUAUGAACACAAGAUCUUCACCCAAGGAAUCAUAUGGAAUAUCAACUCAUAUGACCAGUGGGGUGUUGAGCUCGGUAAGCAACUGGCCAAGAUCAUUCAACCAGAGCUCAAAGACUUCAACCCAGUAUCCUCCCAUGACUCUUCAACCAACGGCCUUAUCAACUUCAUCAAGACCCACAGGAAGUAAGCAAGAGAGGUUCAGUGGUCAGAGGUCAAUGACCUUCCUGUAUUACUUACCGAGCGCAAUGUGCUCCAAUAGAUAGAAACUAAUCAAUCUUAAUAAUAGAAUCAGUAUCUUGGUGAAAGUUUCUUUACGUAAGGUUUACUAACAUGUACAU